CGUCCUUUUCAUCUGACCAGCAUUCAGAGAAAGAAGGGCAGCGGGGACGGCACUGUCACACGGCAGGUGCGGUGGGACCUGCGGAGAGACCGCGGGGCCGUCACCGGGAAGAGGGGGCGAUAUCGAGCUUGCUGGCUAAUUUGCUUAGAUGAAGGCACUUUUUCUGGGUGACCUCUCCUGCCCACGGGCUGCUGCUGGGACAGGCUAUCAGGAUGAUCUCUCUCCUCACCUCUUUGGGCCUCGAGCAGAUGCUGGGAUGCCUGAGGGCCGCGGUGCUGACCUGCUUCCUCUGGAUGCACCUGCCGGCGACGGAACUCUCCUUCACAGCUCCACCAGAAGAUCUUGUGGGUUUGCCAGAUGGGCCGCUUGUGCUGCCUUGCCCAGUGUACAGCCCCAACCAGAAGGGGGCAGAAACGGUGCACUGGGAGCGUGGUUCUGGAAGUUCCCUCCCAGGUCCUGAAGAACGGAUUCACCAGCUGUCCAAUGGAUCACUUUUCUUUUCCCGCCUGUUGGAGGGAGACUUUGGGAUCUACUUAUGCCAAGUCCAAGAUGGUACUGAUCGCAUCAGAGCUACUGUCAGGGUGAAAAAGGCGGGUAUGGAGGCUGUCUUCUUCAGCCCCAAGUCGCAGCUAGUGCCUGAGGGUGACAGUGUGUUCCUGCAGUGCAUCUCGGGGGACAGCCGGCCCCCUGCUCACAUCACCUGGGAGAAGGAUGGCUCGCCCGUGACCAAGGGGAAUCAGAUACAGGGUCAAUAUGGAGGGGGCAGUCAUCUAAAGACAACAGGCACAUUAUACCUUGCAGAUGUAUCAAAGGAUGAUGAGGGGGAAUAUAUCUGUGUUACCCACAAUCCUUUGCUAAGUAUACGAUUGCAGAGUGCUGUGGCAACAUUGACAGUGCAAGCGCAUCAUGCUGCACCAAAGAUCAUCAAAGGUCCAGAAAACAUCACUGUUGCUACAGACACAGAAGCAUCUCUGCACUGUGCCAUCCAGGGCUUUCCCCUACCCAUGGUGCACUGGUUCAAGAACAGCGUACCCUUGCAGAAUGACUCUCGCUGGAGCUUCAGUAACAGCGGUCAGCUCCUUGUCUUCAGCAAAGUGUCUGAGGAAGAUGAGGGCUUCUACCACUGCGAAGCGCGAGGUCUGAAGACCUCAGUGAGGUCACAGCCAGCUUAUCUCCAGACAGCAGAAAUGGAGUGGAGCUUCAUGCAGCAGCCCGUUAACACGACGGCACAGGCGGGAGACUCAGUCACGCUCAUUUGCAAACCUCCACGUAGCCGCCCCCCUGCACGCAUCACCUGGUUUAAAAAUGCCCGCCCGCUUACCCAGAAGCCGCACUUCAGCCAGCUGCCCAGCGGAGACCUGCUCUUCCACAGGUUACAGGAGGCCGACAGAGGAUCCUACUUCUGCCGCGCGUCCAACAGCCUCCUGCCCCGGGCCGUGUCCUCGAGGAAGGCUUAUCUGAAUGUGCAGGCCCCACCCUCCGUGAUGCUGUGGCCCAAGUUGGUGACUGCAGUGCUGGGUUCGAGAGUGACGCUCCAUUGCCAAGUGUCCGGAUAUCCACUGCCGAGGAUCACAUGGUCAAAGCAGGGUCGGUCGGUGCAAACGGGCGGGAGAGUCACUCUCGGGAUAAGCAACGCCACGCUGUACUUUUCGUCGGUGAAAGCGUAUGACGAAGGCUCCUACACGUGUCACGCUACGAACACCAUCGGCCGGGCUCAGGGCACAGCCUCUGUGCGUGUAGCAGUCUCCCCAGUCAUUAUUUCCUUCCCGAGGGAGGUGCGCAGCUCUGUGGGGGUCUCUGUAGUGCUACCAUGCCAGGCCGUGGGGAGCUCGCCCAUGAGGUACACAUGGAACCAAGGGCCAGGCCACACCCCCAUCUCCUCCUCGUCACGCAUCCGCGUGGAUGAGGACGGGAUGCUGAAUAUCACCAGGCUAGAGCGGGCCGAUGCGGGGGAGUACCACUGCAUUGCUGAAAACGUGGCGGGAUGGGAUCGGAGGACAGCCAACAUAAUCGUGCUUGCUGAAGAAAAUGCCACUGAGAGAGGCAUAGUGUCUACAGCUACCCUCAUGGGGUGUACACCCUUCCAGAGCUUGCUCUCUAAUUAUAAAUGUCAGCAGAACAUGAAUAUCAGCACUUCAACUGGCAGGACUUUGGCUGACCGUAUGCUGGUGAAUGGAAGCCUUCCAGAGGUCACAACAAGAGGCACGAAGACAGCAGGUAGCAUCAAGAUACACAACUCUUCGGAGUCACCUGGUUUCCGAUCCAGCAGGCUUACUCCAGAAGAUAUAUGGAGCGUAGUACGGCCUAGGGAUAUCACUGACCACCCUGCACAAGGCCCUGCAUCAUCUUCUGGUUUUGUGUGGAUACCUGCUAUCCUUUCAGAAAGCGCAACAGCACAAGUGACACAGAGGGACAGGCGUGUCCGUGCCACCCCAGUUUUCUCCCCUGGUUCAGAACAAGCCCUUGUGUAUGAAAAGACUGCAAGUCAGAUGACUCUAGGGCUGUCUGAAUUGGGUAGAGGCCAUUUUGCACCAGGCCUGCCCCCUUCCUUUCAUCUUCAGCCAGCUGAGCUUCAAACUCCUCCCUCUGAGGUGUACUCUCCACCUGCCUUUUCACACUCAAGGUCGACGAAGAAUCAAAUUCCUCCCACUUUCCGCUACUCUUCACCCAAUUUCUUUCAUUCAACACUCCAUGAUAAUCAAUCCCCUCCCUCUUACCAACACACUCCACCCACCACCUUUCAAUCUCUUUCAACUGAGAAUCAAACUCCUCCCCCUGACUUAUAUUCUCCACCCACCACCUUUCAAUCUCUUUCAACCGAGAAUCAAACUCCUCCCCCUGACUUAUAUUCUCCACCCACCACCUUUCAAUCUCUUUCAACCGAGAAUCAAACUCCUCCCCCUGACUUAUAUUCUCCACCCACCACCUUUCAAUCUCUUUCAACUGAGAAUCAAACUCCUCCCCCUGACUUAUAUUCUCCACCCACCACCUUUCAAUCCCUUUCAUCCAAAGAUCAAACUUCUCUCCCUGACUUAUACUCUCCACCCACCACCUUUCAAUCUCUUUCAACCGAGAAUCAAACUCCUCCCCCUGAUUUAUAUUCUCCACCCACCAGCUUUCAGUUUCAAUCCCCGGAAGCAUCCCCUGAUUACUUAUACAUCCCACACGUUAACCUCCUUUCCUUGGCUCCUGGCCUUCACACAUCACAUCCUGUAGCUCCAACACAGUCUACCAAACCUCUUACCACAUCCAUAGGUCCAGUUCUAUCCCGGAAAGAUGACAUAAUUUCCACAGUACCCAAACUGCAGGACUGGAACCGACCUACUAGACCUGAUAAGCCCAGCAAUACAGAACUCACAGAGUGGCCCAGGAAGAAUACGUCCCAGGCUCCCAUGAGAACCAGUGAUGACACUGCAAGGGUGAAGCAACACCAUCCUCUGUCUUGGUUUCCUGCCCUCGAAAAGCACGACAUCCCCAUAGUGGUUGGAGUGGGCGUGUCCCUCACCUUCAUCUUCAUCACCAUGGCGUUCUACUCCCUGGUACAGAAGAAUGACCCUGCUCUCGCAGGACGUGGAGCUCAGAGGGGCUUGGGUGCCCCUUGCAGGCGUGGUGGCCGUCUGGAGAUAAGAAGGACAUAUGAGAACAGGGCGUUUGAAGAUGAUGAUUUUGUUGCUGUCAUCGAGCAAAGCCCUGACGCAUUUGGAACAAGAGCCCCCCUGCCCACACCUGGUGCUAAAACGGGGAUGACGGAGUCUCCAGGCGAGACCCAGCCGGCCCCCGCCUCCCCUGUCCCAGCACAGCUGGACACUGAACAUCGGAACGAGCUGCAGAUGGUGUGCCGAUCGGAAAGAGAGAAACACCCCCCUUCGCCCCAGCCCAACAUGCGGCUGGGUGAUUCUGAGCACUGGAGGCCGUGCCCGGACCCCCUUCCCCUGCCCGCCAGCCCCAAGCCUUCGCGGGAGGAUGGGCUUCACACAUCUCUCACCCUGCAGACCUCCGAGGCUUUCACCACACCAGUCAGCCAUAGUGUCAACAUUUCUCAUGCCUCUGGGCCCCUGCUACUUUCCCACUGCAUCUCCAUGGGCGUCACCACAGUUGCGGUGGAUGUCCAUUUCUACCCCUCAGCCCCCACCCCGCCACCCCCUCCCCCAGGCUCUCGACUGGCUGACAGCCCAGAAUCUGACCGGGUUACUCCCAGCAUGCAGUGCGAGCAUCGAGUGUGUUUGUAAAGAAGAGCAAGAAUUAAGAUACUGGGUGAAGAAUGAAGAUAACAGGUGAAGAAAAGCAAGCCUUCAUGAAGACAGAUGAAGAAGGACCUCUGUACAUCCCUGGCAGCAAAGGCCACAAUAUAUGCUUGGCAUUGAGAAAACAUGCUUGGCGGGAACGUGUAUUAUGAAAAUACUUAUGAAUAUUGUUUAAUUUGUUUAAUAGAGAUUCUAGUUUUAUCUGAAAUUCAAACUAUGAAAUGUUGUUAAAUAAUUUGUUUUCAUUAGGAUGCUAAGACUUCCUGAAUGAUGUAGCUGGUGCCUUUAAUUAGAGUAGCAAUAGCAGUUUUUAUGUGUGAUCCUAGUUGUUUUUUGCGAAGCUUUUGCGCCUUGACUUUUACUGUUAAAAGUAUCUAAAAAGCUGACUGUUAAUUCUCACACUCCAACCAAAGGGACAUGCAUACUAACGGACCUCGCAGUCACAAAUCAUCAGUGUUACUGGUACAGACUGUUACUACUGCGUCUGAGGGAGGGAUAGAAUUCUCUGGGUUUGGAAGCUCUGACCCCGAGUUUAGAUUACUGGGGGGUUUGGGAGGCUCUGAAUAAUGAGAGGAAGAUCCCACACACAGGUGUAAAAAUUUAUGGAAAGACACUGGGAAACAGAAGGACCUCUGAGGAUCAUAUUUUGAAGAUGAUACCUUUGCACAUAAAGCAGGAGAGGAAUUUAGCAAUGUUGUUUUGCAUACCUUUUAGAAUAUUUGACAUAUGAUAUACUCGUAGGCUGUGGGGAACAGGAUUGAAUCUAGCAUAGAUUGUAUGUUAAAAAUAUGUUGAUGGUUAAAAAUAUAUACCAAAGCAGAAUAAGGAAGCCUCACAAUUUUGUAAUCCAACUGUACAUCUACAUUCCAAAUUUUGUAGGAAAUAAGUGUGAAUCUCAGUAGUGAUUGAUUUGCCCAAUAAACAGACUUCCAGCACAUUAAA